UUGUCCUUCACAUCCAAACGGGCGGCCAUCCGAGGCUUCACUUCGUGAGGUAUUUUCAUUGUUCAUCUCAUAUGACACGAGCAUGCCGGGUCGCAAGAUGUCUUUCGCUGUCCUCUCGAUAUCUCCGGCUUCGCGAGGUUUAUCCAAGGUUCCCCAGCCAUUGAUUGCUCUCAGUGAUCCCGAGGAUUGUGUAUCUUUUCAAGUUCCGGAUGCGUUCAAACUUUUCAGUUGUUUGAUGUCUAUCUGUGGAAGCCCCUGGAAACCCUCGAUAGUACAAGAUCAGCAGUACAUUGCAUCUUUAAUGGAACCCACAGCCUGAGGUCGUCUGGCAGCUGGCUUUGGUUUUUUUGGAAGACAAGGUCUGAUAUUUGCCAGCAUGGCAACCACCACUUAAAAUGAGCGACAUCUGGAAGGGUUGGCACCACGAAUCUCCAAAAUUCCCUUCUGGUUCUAAUCUGGCAAGCUUAACCAAACUAUUUAGUUCCGUACCUAUAAAGUUAUUACUUUCUGCCCCAACGUCUCAAAGUCCCCGGGCCCUUAACAACUCUCAGCUCCAAGCCUCCACUACUUGCAAUAACUGACAAUGUCUCUGCAACGCGGAAUUUACCGCAUCGAGAAUGCUAGGGCUCCCACUGCCAUUGAUCUCAAAGAUGGCAGCUCCGAUGACGGUACACCUAUCAAUGGGUGGUCUUUUUCACCAGACACGAUCAACGGGCAUCAGCUCUGGCUUGCUGAACCAAUUCCCAAAAUGGAUGAUACCUUUACCCUUUGUAACCUGUCCAGCGGUACCUACAUGGAUCUCUACAACGGUUCUGCCGAAAGGGCCACCCCCGUCAAUGGUUGGGGGGGAGCCGGCGCCAUCACGACCAAUCCCCACCAGCUCUGGAUCAUCAAAAAGGCGUGCGAUGGUAAGAACUACAGGAUCCAGAAUUACGGAAGUAAAACCUUCGUCGAUCUCUACAAUGGUGGCAGCUCGGAUGGGACCAAAAUCACUGGAUGGCCCGGUAAUUGGACCGAAAACAACACUCACCAGGAAUGGCACUUCAAUAGGAUGAGCGUCUCCAGUGCGGAGGCCAAAUCGGCUGUCGAGAGGAACCCUCACAUUAAAUGCGGGACUUACAGAGGAUACAACCUCGAUGGAGAAUAUCUUGUCCUCCCUAACUUUACUUUUACUCAGAUUUGGAAAGCCUCCGGUCUUCCUGGUCGCAAGUGGCGUGAGGAAAUCUAUGAUUCCGAUGACUUCGCUAUAGCCAUGAAGGCCGCCGUUGGGAACUGGGGCCCCGACGCCACUAAGGCUAAUGGCUUCGGAAUCUUCUGUGGAGUUAUGCUUGGUAUCAACAAGGCUGGAGAUAAGGCCCAUGCUUACAACUUCACGCUCACCAAGGACCAUUGCGACAUUGUCUUCUUUGAGCCUCAAGACGGUGAAUACCUGAAUGACAUUGGCUAUGACGGUUACAUGGCGUUCUACUGAAGGGACGGGUGAAAAGACUUGUUAUGGGUUCCGGGAUACGAAAUUUACAGUCCAAGAGAAAAGAGGCGGGAAAAGAGGCGAUAAAAAAAACAAUGAUCCGUGUGUGCCAAAUAUCCGAUGAACAGUCAUACGUAUAAUCCAGACAGUUGAAUUACUUCUCACUGCGC